GACAAGGGUGCAGGAGCAAGCAGAGUAACCCUCUAGACCUUUUUAAAGGAAAGACAAGCCAACUGCUGGUCUACAUUUACUUAAUGAAGAAAGAAACCACCUCUGUCCAGGUUGGCAACAGUGGCAGAAGUCUUUUCCACUAACGGACCCCGUGGACGAUAUGAUACCUGGCUGGCAUCGACUCCCCCAACCUGGGAUGGUUGACCUUCAGGCCUUCCUGGACUCUGAGCAGCGGAGGAGAGAUCUGGAUGUCAGUCUGGCUCAGGUCCAAAAUGCCCUGCAGGAACAGAGGGUCAGAAUGCUCCAGAGAAUGGGCCCAGGGCGCCGACAUAAACUACCCCAGAUACUUGUUUUGAAUCUUGGGCAGAUCAAUCGACCAGUAAACCUCCAUCCCAGUCUGUUAUCAGAGAACAUCUACAUCCCACCAUAUGGUGACCUUUACACAAGAGUGGGCAGGCUAGAGAUUGACUCAGAGAUCAUUAGCGCCCAACUGGACCAGGUUCUCUGUUCUGGGGGAAAGUGUCUCUACAGGAAUGUACCCUCACCCCAACAGGACAUCUUGACUCCUUGUCAGAGGGAGGACCAUAGUAUGACCUCUCAGCUUAUUGCUCAAGCAGUGGACAAAGGACAACUUCUGAAAGAGCGAGACAACCUUGAGCGUCUGCUGGAGGAGUCCAGGGCCCAGCAGCAGCUGAUAGAGCAGAAGAGGGAGGCCCAGAUAGCAGCCCUUCACUCCCAGCUGUACCUGGCACGCUCCAGCCUCCAGGAGACCCACAGAGAGACACUGGCCACACAGGCAGAGCUACAUGGCAGCAAGCAGAUAAAUGAGUCCCUGCUACAGGAGGUGGCGUCUCUCAGACGGAGGCCCGGGGCUGCGGAGGAGCGGGCCUCCCUGAUGGAGAGUGACGGACGCCUGCUCAGGGCUCGCAUAGCAGCACUGGAGACUGAGCGGGAGGAGCUACUUCAACAAGGAGACCUUGCCACAGGGAGACGAUGCCCCUCAGCCUUUGGGAGCGCUUGGGAAACGGAUGUGGAAGAUUCCGAAAAGUUGGAGGGGUUGAGAGAGGAGAGUGCUGCAUAUGAGAUGCGGGAAGUGGAUGAGGAAGAUGAGAUGGUACAAGGGAAGCAUGUGUCUGUGGACUUAAGACUUAAGAUCCAUGAGGUGUCGCUCUCUAAGCCUGGCCUACAGAUAAAGGAAGAGAACCAGGAUGGAGAGAAGGGGCUGGGAUUGGUCGAUCGCUGGAAUCCAUGGCAGCACGAGCCAAUAGAAGCCAAUCAAAUGACGGCGCUGGUCAUAGAGCUGCAGCAGCUGAGAACGGCCUGUGAAGAGACCUCAUCAACACUAGUGGUCUCCCCCAAGGACCAGAGGGCCAGAGAGUGGCUGUAAAAGAGCUGCUCUGCUCAUGUACUGUGUGGGAGAGAUGGAGAAGGAUAGGGAGGGGCUGGCUUUCCUGAAGAGAGACUGUGGAGAUCUUCGGGUGGUACCUCCAGGAUCAUUGGCAAGAAGUAACCCACCACAUUCACAUUGAUCCUUGACUAUGUAGGCCCACUUUUCCAUAUUCUCCACAAUCAUCGACGCUUUCUUUUACAAAAACACGUCUGUUUGCAUAUGCAAUAAAGGAUGUCUGAAUCAAGACGGCAGGAAGCGAUCCGCUGAGGCCCUGCGUAUUAAAUUGGGAUCUCAAGUACGUACUCAAGAACUCCUUUAAUGUUUACCUGACAUCACCCGCAUUGUGGACUGUGUACAGCAUUUGGUUUGUCAGUUUAAAAUAAAUAUUGGACUGGCUCAAAUACAACUCCGCUAUCCCUAGGCCUUUAUGGGUAUACCAGUUGGACAGAAAAAUACCCCUCAAGGAUCUCACUCCCUCAUAUCUUUUACUUGUGUUAUGCAUGUACACAAGCUUAGUUGGGAAAAGGCAGGUAUUUUUCAGGCUCCAUUGAAUAGGCUAACCUGUCAAAACAUAUUCCAAAGAUUACACAAUUUACAGUUGGCCUGCAUGCACAUUUUGUCUAAACAGCGAACAAAUAUUUACUGUGGCUGGGUGUGUGGAGGAAUUAGUCACUUCCUUGAAUGGGUCUUGCUCAAUGUUAGACCUAAUGGUCAUUGCAUCGUGUGUGGUUUGAUACCCCUCCCCCACAGUACAGGAGGUGAUUUUCUGCAUACAUUCAUCUCCGAGUCUGACUUGCCAGUACAUGACAGCUAGCAAAUGUAAAUGAUGGCGGUGUGCCCUUUUGUAGACCAGUUACUAUUUUUUUAUUAAUCAAUGCGACUUCUUAAUCAAUACAGUUAGAUUACUUAUUUAUUUCACAUACAAUAAGAAUAGAGUAGAUAUUAUCAAACCAAGGACGUUGUCCUCACUCAAGGGUACAAAAUAUGUCAAUUUUUUUUAGCUUAGGUGUUGACUGCUGUGAUUGUUCAGACUGGGGACAAAAUCUCCUUCAACUGCUAAGAUCAAAGGACUUGACCGACACGCGCCAGUUCAUCCCCAUCACCAUCUCAAAGGGGACAUUUUUUCCCCCCAGGUCCUUGGCUAUCUCACUCUGGGGCGCCAGCAGCCUGAAUGGAGAGAGGACCAUUACUAUUUAGAACCAGGGGUCGUGGUGAGCGGUGCAACAUUACAAAAUUGAGGAAGACUAGUGACCUCAAACUUUUAAAUUGAAUGACCUGUUGUUCAUGCCACCUGGAAGUAUAAAGAGGCGUUUGUGACAAUACUGACCUGCACAUUAGGUCUAUUCCUCUUGGUAGGCCCCUCGAAGGGCAGGUAGAGUGACGCUAGCUCACUCCCCCCUAAAUCCACCUUGACGAUGUCGCCUGACUUGGCAGUUACGAUGCCAAACACACUCUUUCCCCCUUUGCUGGAACAUACUGGGAGAGAAAAUAAGCAGUGAAUCUACAACUUGAGUAGAACCGUGUAACAUAGGUUAGUACAUAAUGGAGCAGGCAUGAACUGUUAAUGGCCAUUAAAAAUAAAUUUAAAAAAAGACUUAGUCGUUUUGACUAAAAUAUUAAGUCUGUCACAUGUUUGUCAUGAAUAAUGAUUUAGUCUAUUGUCAAAAUGACAAAAACAGUCAGCCAUUUUAGUCAACUAAAUGCCCUUUAAUUUUAGUCACAUCACAUUUGUUUUGCCUCACUAACCUACAGUAAACAUAUCACUGACUUCCAUGUGCACAAACAUACAUAGGAUAAGGCUAUCAACAUUUGUCUGCAUAACAUCCUGUCACAUGAAUUCUCUUCCCAACAACCAAAUGAAGAUUAAAACAAAAAUCACCCCUUGACAGGGCUGCAAACUAACAUGUCCCCUGGUGGCAAUGGUACCGCUAACUUUUUCACUUGAUGGCAUCAGCCCAUGAUUUGGUUGCAGCAAUUAUUUUCCUGCGGUGUCAUGUGAGUUUUUUUUUAGCACCUUAGAAAGUAAUACACAGUGAUUUAGACUGUAUAAUAGACUACGAACAUGGUAGGCUAUUCAAUAACUAAGUGGUUUCAUGUAACGUGUCCAAGCAGGAAUGCAUGUUUCAGUAUAUUUUGAUGUGCAACCUAAUAUUGUGAUUGUCAACCCUAAAUUCAUGACAAUCAGGCUAUUGUUAUUUUACUAUUAAAAUAGGGCUCCAGGAUUUUGUUGCUCAAUACAGAUGAAUUUGCCUUCAUUUUUAUCAUAGGCUAAUUUAUUUGGGGUCUAAAUCACCACAUGAGGAAGUGAAAGCAAUCUAGCUAAUGCGUUUUGAGUUAACACUAAAUAUACUGAACAAAAAUAUCAAACGCAACAUGUAAAGUGUUGGUCUCAUGUUUCAUGAGCAUGAAAUAAAAGAUCCCAAAAAUG